AUGGUGAAUUUCUCCAAAAACUUCAGUGUUAGAACUAAUUUCUCCCUAAACCCUCACCUUGCAGAAAAAUUCCCUGAUUACAAGAAGCUGCAGUCGGUUAUUGGGAAGCUUGAAAUGAGUGGGAAAGAAGCCCAAGCAGUUGAAAUAUUAAAGAAUGCAACAGCAAAGGCACGCAAUGAAGGAAGAAAUCAUGAAGCAUAUGAAUACGAGAUGUUACUAGUAGAAAUGCUUAUAUACAAGGGAGAUUUUAAGGAGGGGCUCGGCCGUGAAUGCUUGAGACAUGUUGAGAUUUCAGAUGCACAGCGUCCGCUAUUCAAGGCUAUCGUUCACAUCAUAGAGUGCAACAAGAAUGAAGGGACAAAAUAUUGAAGAGAAUUUAACGAUCUAAAUGAAGAAUUCCACUGUACACCACGUAAAAAAGAAAGCAUGGAAGAAUGCCAACUCCAUAAACUCAGUACAAAUUUCAACGAGUUUGAGAAGGUCGUCCACAUGCUCAAAAAGGACAUAAUAGAGGCGCAAGCAAAAAGAAACAAGAAAUAAGAGAUGAGCUUUUAG